GGCAGAGCGUUUGGCCAAGAAUGACAGCCUGUCGGAGAAGUGGUCCAUCAGCAAACACACACAGCUCAGUCCCACCGAUGCCUUCGGUACCAUUGAGUUCCAGGGAGGAGGACACUCCAACAAAGCGAUGUAUGUGCGCGUUUCAUAUGACACCAAGCCUGACCUGCUGCUCCACCUGAUGACCAAGGAGUGGCAGCUGGAGUUGCCCAAGCUGCUCAUCUCAGUGCAUGGAGGCCUGCAGAACUUUGAAUUACAACCAAAACUCAAACAGGUCUUUGGCAAAGGGCUGAUCAAGGCUGCCAUGACAACAGGAGCCUGGAUCUUCACUGGUGGAGUCAACACAGGUGUGAUUCGUCAUGUGGGGGAUGCCUUGAAAGACCAUGCCUCUAAGUCGAGGGGUAAAAUCUGCACCAUUGGAAUCGCUCCCUGGGGCAUUGUUGAAAAUCAAGAGGAUCUUGUUGGUAAAGAUGUGGUGCGUCCAUACCAGACUAUGUCCAAUCCACUGAGCAAGUUGACUGUUUUGAACAGUCUCCACUCACACUUCAUCCUGGCUGACAACGGCACUACCGGAAAAUACGGUGCCGAGGUCAAACUCCGGCGGCAGCUGGAGAAGCACAUCAGCCUGCAAAAGAUCAACACACGUAUUGGACAGGGCGUACCGGUGGUGGCUCUGAUUGUGGAGGGAGGUCCAAAUGUCAUUUCUAUCGUAUUGGAGUACCUCAGGGACACGCCUCCGGUCCCUGUGGUUGUGUGUGAUGGGAGCGGCCGAGCCUCAGACAUUCUGGCUUUUGGACACAAGUUUUCUGAAGACGGAGGCAUAAUUAAUGAGUCUCUCAGAGACCAGUUGCUGGUGACUAUUCAGAAGACAUUCACCUACAGCCGCACUCAGGCCCAACAUCUGUUCAUCAUCCUGAUGGAGUGCAUGAAGAAGAAGGAGCUGAUAACAGUCUUUCGGAUGGGGUCAGAAGGCCACCAGGACAUUGACCUUGCCAUCCUCACUGCAUUACUCAAAGGUGCCAACGCUUCUGCUCCUGAUCAGUUGAGUUUAGCUCUGGCCUGGAACAGAGUGGACAUCGCUCGAAGUCAGAUCUUCAUCUAUGGACAGCAGUGGCCUGUUGGUUCAUUGGAACAGGCAAUGUUGGACGCCCUGGUUCUGGACAGAGUGGACUUUGUGAAGCUUCUGAUAGAAAAUGGAGUUAGCAUGCAUCGUUUCCUCACGUUGUCCAGACUGGAGGAGCUUUACAACACGAGACACGGACCAUCCAACACACUCUACCACCUCGUCAGAGAUGUAAAAAAGGGAAACCUGCCUCCUGACUAUCGCAUUAGUCUCAUCGACAUUGGAUUGGUCAUUGAAUACCUCAUGGGCGGGGCAUAUCGAUGUAACUACACCAGGAAAAGAUUUAGAACUUUGUAUCAUAAUCUGUUUGGGCCUAAAAGGCCCAAAGCUCUGAAACUCCUGGGGAUGGAGGUGAGUGCUGAUCUCGUCUCAUCUUGUUUUUUUUGUUUGGUUGGUUUGUUUUUCACUCUUUUUUUUCUCACUCAUCUCAGUCUUUUCAAGUCUUUUCCCUCCUCCUAUUCCCCAUGUUGAGAAGUCGGUCAGCAGACUUUUUUUAUGUAUUAAGUAUUUCAAAAUAUUUUUAUGUAGUUUGCAACAUGGCAGUUUUUGUUUAGGGAG